UAGACGACUCACUAACUGACUGACUGACUUUCUACAGACACACAACUGCUUCAAAUCCUAUUCCUCCAAAGGGGACAAAAGACAGAACGGUCACGUCCUAUAUAUUCUAACCAAGUUCUCCGGGCAGAAUGUCCCUGCAGCUGGUGACGGCGGUGAACUGCGCGAGCUUGCUGCAGCCCGGCUGCUCCCUCCUGCAGCUGGACGGCUCCGUCUUCCUGUUCGGGCAGAAGGGCUGGCCCAAGCGGUCCUGCCCGACGGGCGUGUUCAGCGUGCGGCUGAAGAAGGGCCAGCUGAAGCUGAGGGCCAUCUCCUUCUCCAACGACUCCUGCUACCUCCCGCCGCUGCGCGCCCCGGCCGUCACGCGCGUGGAGGCCCAGGCCGGCGGCGAGCCCGAGUGCUACCUGAUCCACGGCGGCCGCACGCCGAACAACGAGCUGUCCUCCAGCCUCUACCUGCUGGGUCUGGACAGCCGCGGGUGCAACCGCAAGGUGACCCUGCGUUGCCGGGAGACGGAGCUCUCGGGGGAGGUGCCGGGCGCGCGGUACGGCCACACCGCCAGCAUGGUGAGGAGCCGCGGCAAGACCGCCUGCGUCCUGUUCGGCGGCCGCUCCUACCGCCCGCCCGGCGAGAGGACCACGGAGACCUGGAACAGCGUGGUGGACUGCCUGCCCCUGGUGUACCUCGUCGACCUGGAGUUCGGCUGCUGCACCGCCCACCUGCUGCCCGAGCUCACCGACGGGCAGGCCUUCCACCUGGCCCUGGCCCGGGAGGACUGCGUGUACAUCCUGGGGGGCCACACCCUGGACUCCGACUCCCGGCCCCCGCGGCUGUUCCGCCUCAAGGUGGAGCUCCUCCUGGGCAGCCCCCUGCUCUCCUGCGAGGCCCUGGACUCCGGCCUCUGCCUGACCAGCCCCAUCGCCACGCCCGUCAGCUGCGGGGCGUCCGGAGGCUCCGCCCACCACGAGUACAUCAUCCUGGGCGGGUACCGGUCCGAGUCGGAGAAGCGGCUGGAGUGCAGCCGGGUGGUGCUGGACGACGCCGGCAUCCACAUCGAGCCCCAGGAGCCCCCGCCGUGGACCGGGGAGAUCAGCCACAGCCGCACCUGGUUCGGCGGGAGCCUGGGCCAGGGACAGGCGCUCAUCGGCGUCCCCGCUCCCCCGGACGCCCACUGCUUCUACCAGGUGAGCUUCCGGCCGGAGGGGGAGGCGGACGGCGAGGACCCCGCCGCGCAGGGCUGCAGCCAGGAGUCGACGGACUUCGAGGACUCGGCGCCUCUGGAGGACUCGGAGGAGCUCUACUUCGGGCGGGAGCCGCACGAACUGGAGGACAGCAGCGAGGGCGAGGGCGACACCUACAACGAGGAGGACGAGGAGGACGAAUCCCAGGCGGGCUACUGGGCCAAGUGCUGCCCGGGCUGCCUGGUGGACCCCAACACCUGGGAGCCGUACUACUCCACCGAGCUGCACCGGCCCGCCAUGAUCUUCUGCUCCAAGGGCGAGGACGGCCACUGGGUGCACGCGCAGUGCAUGGACAUGCCCGAGGUGCUCCUCGUCAAGUUCUCCCAGAGCAGCAGCAAGUACUUCUGCCAGGACCACGGCGGCCUGCCCUGGCAGGAGGCGCAGCGGACGCCCGCCAGAGCGGCGCCGCCCCUGAAACGCACGCCCCUGAAGAAGCAGCACCGGAAGGCCCCCGUCAAGCUGAACAUGACGCCGGCCAAGAAGACCUUCCUCCGGAGGCUGUUCGACUGACGCCGGACCUUGGGUUUUGCCGCGCGCUGGAGUGAUAUUCUCAGAGUUGAUACCGCGUUUGGGUUUGUGUGGUGGUUGCGAGGGCGGUGGGGAGGGGCAGGUGCCAAUAAAAUACUCCAUAUUGUAGCAUGUGAAGGAUUGUAUUGUGAUUGCUUAUUACAUUUUUGACUGUUUAAGAAUUGUUUUAGAAUGCCAAAGUUUCAUUUACAUUUUGUUUUUUUGUCUGGGCUGGGCGACCUCAGUUCUCUCAGUUCUGCACCAGUUUAUUGAAAAUGUUUUUAAUUUUAUAUGGAA